AUGGACGCCGUAUUCCCCGUUGAAGCAGCACUCUCGGACGAUCCUCGAUUUGGGCUAGGGACUGGACUACGACAACGACCGCCCCGCCACACGCGCUCCACCGCUGUUUUGAUAUUGGCGUCGACAGUUGCAGUUGCGGUGAUUGUUGCUUGGCUUCCAUUCUGCAGGGCCCCUCGAAGCACGGAAAAGUCACCGCGCCUGGUUCAACGGCAAUUGUCGGACAGUGGAGAACAGGACGAGCUUGACAGGAUUUUAGAUGAUUGUUUGGCGUUAAGGGAGGAGCUUGGACUAGAAGAAAAUGUUUCUCACCCUUAUGAUUCGCCAGAAACUAAGAAGGCUAGGUUAUUCCUCAUGUUGCAAGAGUCCGCAACAGCAUUUGAACACGCGACAGCGGGCUCUUCACAGGCGUUGCAGGCGUGGGCACGCGGCCUCUCCAAUGAAUGGCUUGCCAGUGGUCCAAUUCAGCAAGCGGAAGGGCUCCCAUAUACACCGUUACUCCGUGAAGAUACGCAAAUCUCUGAAUGGACGACAGACUUGCAUUAUGUUCCUUCAAAAAGGAUGAAAGUAGCCGCAGACGACUCAUCUGACUACUCCCAAAUAUCGGCAUCACAGGCGGGUGUGAGCUUCAUGGCACCCUUUUCUAGGGAUACAUCAGGCGAUUCAAAGAAAGGUUUAAGUCCUGAUUCGUGGUUAUCGGAGAGUCCAGAACAAACUUCCCCCCAAGAAUUCGAACAGAGACCCCGUCAUAUCCUAGAAGGCAUGAAGCUAGCACGUUUUGCAACAGGUACCUCUGCAAGUGGUGUUUCAGUGUUUCCAAGGACAUCCACAAUCUCUGGUCAGGGUGCAGGUAGCUCUGCAAGCGACGGCUCAUUCGUUGGUAUCUGGCAGGGUGAGGCCGAACAUGCAGAUCAAGAACUGCUGCAAGCAGUCGCGCUGCUAACAGGGAACGUGAAGCAGAGAGAGCCUCAGGGAUAUGCUGUUGAUGAACCACAGCCUUCAGUAUCUGUCGAUGCCCUGUUGGCGCGCAAGCCAGCCGCAAAGCGACGGAGGAGUGAAGAAAUUGAACGCCUUCAUCCUUUCGUUCGGCUUCCACAGGAGCUUCCCAAGGAGAUAACGAAGACGUUCGAUGGGGUUGGCGCAUUGUCAAGCAAAGUACAUCCAUUGUCUCCAAUGCAGAAUUACGUUUCGAUGCGCCGGUUAUUUGCCAAGAGUUCGCUAACUGCCGACGAUGUAGAGCAACUUAUGCAUGAUUGUAAAGACUUGAUUGCCUAUGCUUGCCGGUACCUAUCCGGCCCCAUUAAUAGAACUAAUGCGUAUUAUCUUGCUAGAAGGCUGGCGGCCGUGUUCAUGGUAUUUGACUACUUGGUAUCUACGAUCGAGCUCUUACCAGAUAAAAUGAACGCAUGGAGCUGGUGGUCGCAAUUCGCGGAACGCUUUCCGACACAUCGUUGGAUUGGAGACAGGGACCCCGUCCACUCUACUACCAAAGAACUAAGUACGUUUGCGGAUCGUUUGCGCGAUGCAUUGGCUAUAUACAGGACGGGAGUGCGUCCACCAAGUCCAGUUAUAAUUGAAUUAAAGCGAAAGAUCCUGACCACCUUGAGAAGGCACUGCAUUUUCGACAACCCUCUGUGGGUGGAGUGGAUAAAUGAUGACAUUGUAUUUAGCCAAAUGAAUGACCUAUCAAACGAGUAA